UUUAUUUAAUUCGAUCGCAGUCGCUUUUGCACAGUCGACGGGCUCAAUUCUUUUCUUUUAUCAAUUCGAAAAACGCGCGCCAAAAAACGGAUUUCUUGAUUUGUGGUUCAAUUUCGAAAAAGAGAUAACCAAAUUGUGUCGACAUGGUGGAAUAAUAGGAUUCCCAUCAUCUCAUAACAAGUUACGCUCUCAAGAAAAUCCUCAAUCAACAAUGGAAGCCAAGGAAUCGACGACAAUCAAUGAAAACAUGGAAAACCCACCGAUGGUCACAGAUCUGGACGACCCCACAGACAACGAAGGGGUUGAAACAUCGAAAAGAAACAGCGACGCCGGUCUCAGCAAAAUAUCUGUGGACCAAUUGAUAGUGAAAACGCCAAACGACAAUCUGAGUGUUUCGGCAAAAUCUUCGUUGAAAGAGGUGAAAUGUGCGAAAAAAAGUGUGGUUUUUGACGGGAGUGUGUUCUGGUUGGGAGUUUUCCAGAUAUUUUUCGGAAUUUUCAUGAUGAGCUUCGGGGUUUACGCCAUACUUCAUGAAGCUUCCAUGUCUAUGUUUGCGUCUGGGAUCUGGACGGGUUUGAUUGCAAUAUCGACUGGAAUAUUUGGAAUUUUGGCAACGGCAACACGUUGUUGUCCGGUGGAGGAUAAAUGGAGGAAACUGUCCAAGACGUUGUUUUUGGCGUUGAGUUUGAUCAGCGUGGCCCUGUCGCAGCUUGUUGUGGUGCUGGCAGGUAUAGGCUUGGCCAGAGAUUUGAACAACAAUGAAAACGAGGAGGAACAAAAUCCAGAAAUGGAGGUUUCUAUUGGAAAUCCACUUGUCCAAUCGAAAUUCUCCAUCAUCAUCCCUGAAAACUAUUACGCGAUUCUGGCGAACGUUGCUCUCCUCAUAGUAUCAGCUUUGGAGUUCCUUUGUGCCCUUUUAUCAUCUUAUAAAGGAGCCAAGGCCCUGUGCCCUUGCUUCCACAAGGAGAACAUCGUGUAUACUGGCCUUCCGGUGAACAACAGCCACGCUUUAGUCAGUUCUUGGUUGGGAAAACAUACUCCUCCUCCUCAACUGUACGUUGUCACUUCCUCCUCAACCCUAGGGAGAGGAACAAAGAUUUCUGGAGGUAUGCCAAUAACUCCUGUGUUUACAUACCCCCCACCAGUGAUGCCACCACAAAUGGUAGGGUUUCCGUUGAUACCCGCGCCACUUGGAUCCAUCCCUUCACCAAUCAUACCACAACACAGGAAACACCAUCAUAUAUACAACAAACACAUGCCGAAAUUCAAAACCUACCCCCGUCGCCCCAGAGAGAAAACCCCACGCCUCUCAAGAUCGAGAUCCAGGUCCCAAUCGAAAACCCCCGAACAAACUUUGACGGAAAGAGACGUAGCCAAGACCUACACCGGCCUGGAUAAGGAGAUCGCCGAGCAGUUCAUAGAAAGGUGCGAGACGAAGAAAACAAACUCGACCACGACAUCCGGUAAGAAGAAGAGCUGCGACAACAGUUCUUCUUCUUCCGCACCAACGGCUUCCACUAACAACUCGAAAGCGCCGCUCGUUAAGUAGCAGAUGUCGGAACUAUGCGUACAUUUCAAGAUCAAAAUUGAAGUUGAAGUGGCGGAAGGUUUUGGAAUGAGAAAAAAAACGUACAAAUUUGAAACUUUUAUUUUUCAUAAUUAUGUUGCAAUUUUUUUGCAUUUUCUUUAUUGUUUAUUUCGUUUUGUAUAUAAAUUGUAUAUAAAUGAGAAAUAACCCUCAGAAACAUUGAUGUUACCAUUAUUUUAAUAAUCUUUGAGAAAUAUUAUAGAUACAUUAAAAGAUUGAUUUUAUAUUAUAUAAUGUAUAAUAACCUGUGAUUAUAACCUUAUAUCUGUGAAGUAUUAAAUUGUUAUUACGAUAUUUUUUACCCAAA